AUGUCCAUGGCGGACGCGGCGCCCAUGCUGUCUGCCACCCCUCGCAGCGGCCAGCUGGGCAGCGCCUUCCAGGACGGCGACGGCGGCUUCGACACGACGGGGGCAGGGGCUAGAGCAGCAGGAGGAAGCGGUUCUUCCAGCUCGAGAAAGCCGGGGAGCAGUCGCACCGGCCGGUCCAAGCCAAGGCCCGGGGGAGUGCACGCCCACGUCGCGGCGUACGAGGGUGAUCUGGGCAAGCUCCGGCGCUAUUCCGAGGCCGGGGGUGACCUCGAGAAGCGGGACAGCUACCGCGCGACGCCUCUGCUGCUGGCGGCGGAGAAGGGUCACGAGGCGUGCGUUGCGUACCUGCUCGAUGCCGGAGCCGACAUCACGGCGACGGACGAGCACGACUACACGGCGCUGCACCUCGCCGCGUACUACGGCCGGGUUGGAGUCGUGGCCCUCCUGCUCAGUCGCGGGGCGAACACGUCUGCGGUGGACGACAGGGGCCGCAUCCCGAAGCGGCUGGCCUCCCGCAAGGAGAUCAGCAACCUCCUCGCUGCGAAGGAAACAGAGUCCAAGUUGGGGGUGGACGUGAUCGAGGCGGUGGAGCGCAACGAUGUGGCGGGGUUGAAGAGCUUCAUCUCGGGAAAGGGGGACUUGAACCAGAAGGGAAAGAACGACAUGACGCCGCUCCACGUUGCUUCCUUCAACGGCCGCACCGACAUCGUUAGGAUGCUGCUCGAUGGCGGCGCCGACCCCAACUCGGUGGACGAGGACCGGGACACCCCCCUCCACUACGCCUGCAGCAGCGGGAACGUGGACAUCAUCACGAUGCUUCUGGCCAAGGGGGCCGACCCCACGGCGGCGGACGGUCUGGGCAGGACCCCGGCGGAGAGGAGCACGGGGACGAGCGUGCAGCAGCUGCUCGAGGCGGAAUCGUACAAGUCUAUCCCCAAGAACAUCGCCCAGAUCCGCAAGCAGACGGAGGCUCUGCAGCUGCGCGUGGACACGAACGAGUCGAUCUUCGUGCAGAAGGCCAUCGCCAUCAAGGGCCUGCGCAUCGCCAUCGAGGACAAGGACUCCGAGAUCCGCGCCCUCAAGAGGAAGGUCCUGCAGCAAGACGCGGAGCUGAAAGCGUUGAAGACUAAGAUGACGGCGAUCGAGGAGAUCAUGAACCAGGCUGCUGAGGCCAGCCAGGGCGGAAAGAGGGCCGUUGAGCAGGUCCUCAAGGGUCUCAUCGACAAGAACACUUCGCGCGAGGGCACCUGCAGGGUUUCCUAG